AUGGCCCCCUGGGGCUGCGCGGGACCUCUGCCUGCGCCGUCCGUGCGGGCCUGGGUCUGGCCUGGAAAGAUGCUAGCUAUGGGAGCGCUGGCAGGCUUCUGGGUCCUCAGCCUCCUCACCUACGGUUACCUGUCCUGGGGCCAGAGCUUAGAGGAGGAGGAGGAAGGGGCCUUUCGAGCUCAAACUGGAGAGAGACCCGAGCCCAGCACAACGGCCACCUCCCAGCCCCAUCUCAUUUUCAUCUUAGCAGAUGAUCAGGGAUUUAGAGAUGUGGGUUAUCACGGAUCUGAGAUAAAGACGCCAACCCUUGAUAAACUCGCUGCCGAAGGAGUUAAACUGGAGAACUACUAUGUCCAGCCUAUUUGCACACCUUCCAGGAGUCAGUUUAUUACUGGCAAGUAUCAGAUACACACCGGACUUCAACAUUCUAUCAUAAGACCUACCCAACCCAACUGUUUACCUCUGGAUAAUGCAACCCUACCUCAGAAGCUGAAGGAGGUUGGAUAUUCAACACAUAUGGUUGGCAAAUGGCACUUGGGUUUUUACAGAAAAGAAUGCAUGCCCACCAAGAGAGGAUUUGAUACCUUUUUUGGUUCCCUUUUGGGAAGUGGUGAUUACUAUACACACUAUAAAUGUGACAGUCCUGGGAUGUGUGGCUAUGACUUGUAUGAAAAUGAUAAUGCUGCCUGGGACUACGACAACGGCAUAUACUCUACACAGAUGUACACUCAGAGAGUGCAGCAAAUCUUAGCUUCCCAUAACCCCACAAAGCCUAUAUUUUUAUAUAUUGCGUACCAAGCUGUUCACUCACCAUUGCAAGCCCCUGGCAGGUAUUUUGAACACUACCGAUCCAUUGUCAACAUAAACAGGCGGAGGUAUGCGGCCAUGCUUUCCUGCUUAGAUGAAGCAAUCAACAAUGUGACCCUGGCUUUAAAGACCUAUGGUUUCUAUAACAACAGCAUUAUCAUUUACUCUUCAGAUAAUGGCGGCCAGCCCACGGCAGGAGGAAGUAACUGGCCUCUCAGAGGUAGCAAAGGAACAUAUUGGGAAGGAGGGAUCCGGGCUGUUGGCUUUGUACAUAGCCCACUCCUGAAAAACAAGGGAACAGUGUGUAAGGAACUUGUGCACAUCACUGACUGGUACCCCACUCUGAUUUCACUGGCUGAAGGACAGAUUGAUGAGGACAUUCAACUGGAUGGCUAUGACAUCUGGGAGACCAUAAGUGAAGGCCUUCGUUCACCCCGAGUGGAUAUUUUGCACAACAUUGACCCCAUUUACAUCAAGGCAAAAAAUGGCUCCUGGGCAGCAGGCUAUGGGAUUUGGAACACUGCAAUCCAGUCAGCCAUCAGGGUGCGGCACUGGAAACUACUCACAGGAAAUCCUGGCUACAGUGACUGGGUUCCCCCUCAGUCUUUCAGCAACCUGGGACCAAACCGGUGGCACAAUGAGCGGAUUACUUUGUCAACUGGCAAAAGUAUAUGGCUUUUCAAUAUCACAGCUGACCCAUAUGAGAGGGUGGACCUUUCCAACAGGUAUCCUGGAAUUGUGAAGAAGCUCCUGCGGAGGCUCUCACAGUUCAACAAAACCGCAGUGCCUGUCAGGUACCCCCCCAAAGACCCCAGAAGUAACCCUCAGCUCAAUGGAGGAGUCUGGGGACCUUGGUAUAAAGAGGAAAACAAGAAAAAGAAGCCAAGCAAAAAUAAGGCUGAGAAAAAGCAAAAGAAAAAUAAGAUGAAGAAGAAACAGCACAGAACAGGUUCAUUUCCAAAUUGCCAUUCAGGUGUUACUCGUGGAUAA